AUGAAAAUACUAGAGAAAUGUCGGCUUAAAGAAAUCGUCAAUAAGAUUGUCGCAAAUUGUAAUUUAAAACUGUUAACUUAUGAAGAUCAAGAAAAUACAAAACAGAUCGAAAAUUACUUUGGAGUCUUGACCCCGUUAAAAAUUGUUGGACUCGAAAAUUCUGGUAAAGAAAAAGAAGUUAACGUUAUGCUCAAAUUGAAACCUAAUCAAAUUGACGAUCGAAUGAAAGCAGUAUUAGAGUAUUUAUUUGAAACGGAACACUAUCUGUAUAGCAGAUUGAUACCGAUGUUCAGACAAUAUAAUGUUAAUAUAGAUGAAAUCAUUCCAAACUGCUAUUACGCUGACCUAGAACCGGGAAACGAAGUGAUUGUCCUACAGGACAUGACAUAUAAAGGCUAUCGACGCUAUUCUGGUGACGGGUUCUUUGAUUACGACCACGUCCUUGUGUCCUUGAAAACCCUCGCUAAAUUUCAUUCCCUUUCCUAUAUUUUAUUGAAAAAUGGUAAGAAACCAGACGACGAUGAUAUUUUAAAACCGUACACAAAUACCCACCCCGCAGAACUGAAUUUGGCUUUAAAACUAUCUUUGGAUAACCAUAUAAAGUAUUUUAAUGGAAAUAAAUAUGAAUUUAUAAAAUCAUUGAGGGAAAGGUACGACUUUAUAAGAGGGGGUGUUGUAAAAGGAACGAAAUGUUUUGUCUAUGCCCAUGGAGAUUUUUGGAAAGAAAAUAUUCUAUUGAAAUACGAGGCAGGCAAACCCAUACAGGCAUGUAUAGUUGACUUCCAGACAGUACAAUAUAUGAGUGCAUCUCAGGACUUUCUCAACUUUCUUAUAUCCUGCACUGACUCUGAAACCAGAAAGGAAUAUUUCGAGGAAUUCCUAACGAUUUAUCUCGCAACUGUUAUCACAACAUUACGACAAAAUGAUGUGGAGAUACCAUCAUUGAAGGAAGAUUUCAAGCAUGAUUUGAGACUAGUAGCUGAACACUGUAUUAUUCGAUCGUUUAUGGCCUUUGCGCUAUGGUGUGGUUUGGAAGAAGGGGGUGAAACCUUGUUGACGAGUAUAAAUACGAUAAACAAAAGCCAAGCUAUUUUACGUUUUACAAAAAUAAUUGGUGAUGUUCUUGAUGAUCUUAAUCAGGUGGGCUUGAUAACAUUGUAG